AGGGGCUUAUAAAGUAUGAACUUGUGUAUGAUUUAGCUGCAGGAAGCAUUAAGAAGAAGGGAAAAGAGAGCAGCCAGGACGCGGUAGAGUCUCUCUUUUAGCCGACUCUAUCCGAGGACGUGUUGCCUUCUGGGGACUUUUUCCACCGGGUCACACUGUUCCUGGUGCGCUCCUCCACUCCUCAGACUCUUGUCUGGUGAAUAAAAUCCGGAGCAUUCUGCUGCUGAACCCUGUUUUUCCUCUUUCCACUCUGUGCGUAAUUUGCGUCCCUGGAUCGAGGAGGAGAAAAAAAGGCGACAUCACAACAACACGAGGACUGGAGGGAUCAAGAGAGAGAUACUAAAAAAAAUAAGAAAAACUUGCUGUGGGGAGAAAUGAAAGCCGUGUUGGAUAUCUGCUGGGUUUUCCUCCUGCUGCACACUCCCGGCGUGCUCUCCUUGUCCACACAUGUAGCAGUAAUCUACCCCCAGGACCCCGUCCUUCGCAUGGGGUCCAACCUGACAGCCAGCUGCUGGGUCCACCCCGACCUGGGCGUCCACGCCAGCUCUCUGUUCUGGACGCUCAACGGCCAACAGCUGCCCGGCUCCAUGUACAGAGUGCUGAGCCCGACUAACCUCAGCGUGACGCUGGCGGGCCUCAACGCCUCCAGACAGACGUCCGGAGACAACCUGGUCUGUCACAACCACAAGGGACACAUCCUGGCCGGCUCCUGUCUCUACGUUGGGAUGCCUCCAGAGAAGCCGGUCAAUCUGACCUGCUGGUCCAGGAACACCAAGGACCUGACAUGCAGCUGGUCGCCGGGAGGAAAAGGAGAGACCAACAUCAGCACACAGUACACACUCAAGUAUAAACUCAGGUGGUACGGGAAGGAGAAGGAGUGUGAGGAUUACACUCAUACGCAGCCUUAUUCCUGCAGCAUCACGCGGGAUCUGCACCUCUUCACGCCGUACGAGAUCUGGGUGGAGGCCGCCAACCAGCUGGGCCGGGCCACCUCUGAUGUCAUCACCCUGGACAUCCUAGACGUGGUGACCACGGACCCUCCGUCAGGGGUCACCGUCAGUCGCGUGGGCCAGUUGGAGGACCAGCUGAGCGUCCGCUGGGAGGCCCCGCCCGCCCUCAAAGACUUCCUGUUCCAGGCCAAGUACCAGAUCCGCUACAGGCUGGAGGACAGCCAAGACUGGAAGGUGAUGGAUGACGUUGGGAAUCAGACAUCUUGUCGACUGGCUGGACUCAGACCCGGAACAGUGUAUUUUGUCCAGGUUCGCUGUAACCCUGUGGGCAUCUACGGCUCUCGCAAAGCUGGAAUCUGGAGCGAGUGGAGCCAUCCUACUGCUGCAUCCACACCCCACAGUGAGCGGCUGAUGUCGGGCUCCUGUGACUCUAAGUCCAGCGGGGACUCUAACUCCACGCUGCGCCGCGAGCUGAAGCAGUUCUUCGGCUGGGUGAGGAAACACGCCUACGGCUGCAGCAGCAUGUCCAUGAAGCUCUACGACCAGUGGAGGGUCCUGAUGCAGAAAUCCCACAAAGCUCGCAACCAGGUUCUCCAAGGGGAUAAAUCCUAGCACACGCUGCAUUUAUCAACAGAAAACGAGUCAAGAAAAGGACUGAGUGAGUGUGUUUCUGUCUGUGUGUGUGUCUGUGUGCAUGUGUGUGUGUGUGUG